AUGGCAUACGGAAGCUACAGCGACCCGUACUGCCUGCUGGGGCUGACGUCACGCCGCCAGCUGGCGCCGCCGCACCUCGAGACGCCGGGCUCUCCGUCUUCCGGGUCGGAGCCGCCGUCGCCAGAGCUGGUGCCCGACGCCGUGGCGUCGUCGCCCGUAGCAGUCGUGGCCGGCACUCUCGGCUUCAGCGACCCGUACUGCAUGCUGGGCAUCCAGCCGGGCGGCCUGCAGCCGCCGUCGCCGCAGCCGGGCAGCGGCCAGAGCUCCCGCGAGACGCCGCCGGGCUCCCCGCGCCACGCCUCGGCCGCCGCCACCGGCCGCACGCUCUCCGACAGCGGAGACCCCGACCAGCCGCACAGGGACACCUCGCCGCACGAGAAGCUGCGCAAGCACCACAGCUUCCGGCUGAGCUUCAAGCGGAAGGAGCACGGCUACGGCCGGGAGCGGCGCGACACCAUCCACCGCGACAGCCUGUCCGCCGCCGUGCCCGCCAAGUUCAUCCGCGCCACCAGCGUCAAGCCGCAGACGCUCAACCCGCGCUGGAACGAGAAGUUUCGCUUUGAUAUCGAUGACGUUGCGAGUGACAUUCUACAUCUCGAUAUCUGGGACCACGACGACGAGUCGUCGGUGUUCGAUGCGGUCAGCAAGCUGAACGAGGUGCGCGGCGUGAAGGGCCUGGGCCGCUUCUUCAAGCAGAUCGCGCAGAGCGCCCGCUCCGGCAACCAGGACGACUUCCUCGGCUGCGUCAACAUCCCGCUGCAGGACAUCCCGUCUACGGGGCUGGACCGCUGGUACCAGCUGGAGGCGCGCACGCAGCGCUCCAACAUCCAGGGCCGCAUCCGACUCAAGCUGUGGCUGUCGACGCGCGAGGACCGCGGCAACUCCGAGGAGGACAACGGCUCCGAGAUCCGCCAGCAGCAGCGCCUCUACGCCGUCUUCAUUGGCCACGAGCUCGACCGCUUCUCGGGCCCGACGUGGGAGUGGAGCGGCGAGCUGCCGCACGUGGCGCAGACGAUCCUGCACCAGCACGCGAUCCAGGGCGACGUGACGGAGCUGCAGCUGGCCGCCGUGCGCUGGACGGCCUACUGCCGGCAGGCGCUGUCUUCGCCGCUCGACACUCGUAUCCUGCUGCGCCUCCUGCAGGACCUGGACGCGCGCUGGCCGCACGAGACGCUGUCCCGCGAGGAGGAGGAGAGUCUGGCGGAAUCAUUCAACAUGUUCCUUGAGUUCUCCUUGCAGAUGUUGAGAAAGCAUCGUCAGUAUUUUCCCCCACACAACAGAGCAGCCAUGUCAAGGCUUGAUUAUCUGCUUAGGUGUCUUGGUCUUUUGGCAAAUAUGAAAGCAUUCUGGAAAUGUUGCCCCUUCAACAAAGAAAUUAGAGGCGAGAUUAUAACAGCUCUUAAGAAAGGAACACUUGAAUGGUAUGAAGAAAUUCAUACAUACCAUAAACCAAGUUCAAGGAAUCAAGAUGUUGUUAUACACAGUUUGAUCCAUCUCAUUACAUUGUUAAUUGUUGAUCUUCAAAAAGGGUUAGAUUUCUACAACAGUUUAUUUGAAAGCACAAAUGGUGUUCUCUACUUUUCUGCAAUUUUCAAGCAACUUGAAAAAAUGUUGGCGGAGGAUGUGGGCAAAGAACUGGAAAUCUUUGAGGUACAAGGUGACAUUGGACCACAGGUGGCAGCUUUGUGUGUGCAGUUUCAGUCACCUUCUCCUCCAGAUGAUGCAUCACUUCCUGCUGGCUGUGAAAUUGGCACUGCUAUCUUUGAACUGUAUCUUGCAUUGCAGGAGUUUGUCAGUUUUCGAGACCAUCUAUCUCCUGUUGAUCAAAAAUCUCUGUCUAUAAAUUGUUACUAUGAGUGGUUUGAACCAGCACUUGACAGAUGGUUGGAUGUAUCAAAGUUCAAGGCAAUGCAUCGUAUCCACAAGGCAGCUGAACUAAAUAAAGUUUGCACUGGUGACUUCAUUGUUAAACAUAGUACCUCAGCUGUGGAUGCAACUGCGUGUUUCUACCAGAUAAAAGAGUUCUGGAGGCAGUUAGCUUGGCCUGACUUAGUGGGAUCAUACAACUACAUAAUGAAGAUCAUUGAUUGUAUCUGUGGUGCAGCCGUGUAUUAUGCUGAUCUCACCCAUCAAAAACUUCAAGAUACAGGAUAUUAUGAGGACAAUGCUCCCUUCAAGAUAAGUGAUGAGAUGUGUGUAACUGUAAAUGACCUUGAAUAUGUUCGACGAUGGCUUGCCCCACUUGGCACUGAAUUGCAGGCGGAAGUUGUAUUAGAAGCAGUUGAAGCAGGCAGUGGAGGAAGCCAGCAGUGGCGUACUGCUUUAUAUAAUAUGCUGGAUGGAGCUAUUACACAGCUUGAAGCUCGUGCUCUACAGGUUAUCAACAGAGUUGCUGCAAAGAUGCGGCCAGCCCUGAAGAAAGCAACAUUUCAUCUGGCAUGGUCACCAGACUCCUUACCAGCUUCUGAAGCCAUUUCACCAUUACUGGAAUACCUUGAUGCACAUCUUGUUGCCCUUAAUGCGGCACUUCUGCCACGUAAUUUUGAGCGACUGUUGUCUGAUGUGUGGCAGGUGUCAUUGCUAGAGCUGGGACAGCAGAUGGAUGGCAGUGCCGGGGACAAAAUGCCCAUGUUCUAUGAGCGACUGUAUGAAGCACUGGAAAUUCUUGUGGAUUUCUUCCAUGCUGAGCAGAAAGGUUUACCCCUGGAACAAUUGAAAUCAUCAACAUAUUGGAGUGUGGAACAACGUCUGCAGUAUCACAAGACAGACACAGAAGGUCUGAUAAACCUGUAUUACCAACAACGGUUGCAAGAUCAGCUGGCAACAGAAAGCACCGAGUACGGCGUUCUUUCAGUGCGUGCUUACUUCAACCAUGACUCCCUUUGUGUUGAAGUUCUGAAUGCACGUGAUGUCAUUCCUCUGGAUCCAAAUGGUUUCAGUGAUCCAUUUGUGAUAAUUGAACUUCUUCCUCGGAAAGUUUUUGCUCAUUGCACUGAACAGCAAACUAAUGUGCAGAAGAAAACAUUAAAUCCACUCUUUGAUGAAUGUUUUGAAUUUUCAGUGACACUGGAGCAAUGUCGACAUGAAGGUGCCAUGAUACUCUUCACAGUGAUGGAUCACGAUGUUCUCACAUCAAAUGACUUUGCUGGUGAAGCUUUUCUGGCACUGGGUAAUAUACCUGGUGUAGCAGAUAACAACACAAGUAUUGACAACUUCCAUGGAUUAAAACAGGUUGAUCUGAAUCUCAUGCACCAAAAGAACAAAAACCAUCCAAUACUGCAGAUUCUGGAGACAAGAACUGUGGACAAAAUGGCCCAGGAUUUUGUUAAGAAGCAAAAACCUCGUAUAAGUACAUAAUAUGCUACAUGUACUAAUUUUGAAAUGUGUACAUAUAAGAUGAUAUGAUUAAUAUGGUACUUACAUCAAAAGGAAAACUGUUAUGUCCCAUGCAUCAUGUGAGAGCUGUCCUAUUUGAAGGAACUAGUGCAGAACAGGCAGUUCAGAAAUUGCUGAUCAUGAGAAACAGUUUUUAAAU